AGCGUGCUGGCCCCGGCUGUGAUUGAUAACAAACUUUCGGCCAAAAAAUGUAGUAAAGCAGGUCGGAACGAACUCCGCGAUUCAAGCAUGGGCUUCUCAGGGAAGUUCGGAAGCGUCCUGUUGCUUUUGGAGAUGUGUGUGUCUGCAGCUAAUGGAGCUUCAUUUUUUGGAGAUAGCUACGUGCAGCUUGAAGUAACAGAAACCUCUAGCAAGACAUCAUUAAGUUUACAGUUCCAAACCUCAAAGUCGAAUGGACUACUUUUCCUGGCAGCAGGCGAAAGUGACUACUGUUUGGUGGAGUUGCAGUCUGGGCGUAUACAGGUGAAACUGGAGCUUGGUUCUGGUGAAAAGAUUCUCCGGUCUGAGAGAGGAGUGAAGUUAAAUGAUUUGGCGGUGCACACGUUGGACCUAUACCACAAGGAUGGUGAAGCUAACCUGAGAGUCGACAAUCACUUCAAAACUGCUGUGAAGAUGCCAGGACUGCUUCACGAGCUCGACAUUCAGCACGGCCUUUUCGUUGGUGGCACCGGCAGGUUUGACAGACAUUACAUGGGAGGGGCCGCGAGUAACUUCCGGGGCUGCAUUGAUGAGGUGGUAUUCAAUGGACAGGACAUCUUGUCAUCUUUAAGAACGUAUUCUGGCUUCAAAACCGUGCACGAGGUUUCAGCAGGCUGUAGCGAUGAAUUUUUUGCCGAAGACAGUGAGCCACUGAGCUUAUUUAGUUCCAAAUCUUACCUUGAAUUUGCGCCAUGGAAUGCAGAGGAGGAGGAGGGGAUGCUUGAAUGUACUGUUCGCACCACUCAGCCGUUGGGUCUGCUGCUGUACAGCGCAGGCCGACAAGAUGACUUUGUCGCUAUGGAGAUUGCAGAAGGAUUAGUUCGAGCAGUUGUUGGGAAAUCUGGGAAAAAAACACAACUUUCGUCCCUAAGCAGUGUUAAUGACAAUAAUUGGCAUGACAUUAAGCUACGAUUUACGCCCAAGCAUCUUUACCUUACCGUGGAUGAGGAAACAGUAAAGGUUACCCUGAGCGCUCGCAGCAAAAACAUCAGGUUGAGGGGCCCUCUCUUUAUUGGGGGCAUAGAUGACAGCACUCGUGUUGAAGUGCUAAAGAUUGGCCUUCUAUCCUUUGCGGGGAGGAAAGCAAGGGGAGGGUCUUUCAGGGGUUGCUUGAAGGAUGUGAAAGCUAAUGCAGAAACAAUGAGUUUAAAGAAUGUGCUAGUUACAAAAGACAUUUCAUCCGGCUGUGUAGCAGCAGUGAAAAGCUCUCCAACUGUUAGAGCAACUACAGCACAAAUGUUAGUUGUUUCAACAGCUUCCACUCUUCAAACGACUGUUAAACCCACCCCAAAGGUACAGACAACAAAGUUUCUGACCCUCAAGAACCUAGUAGUUGCAGAAGGAGGACAGGCAGAACUGGAGUCUAAACACGUAAAGUUGAACCUAGAGUUCAAACAAUUGGGUGUGCGCCCGUCACAAAUAAUAUUCAAUAUAACAAAGCAGCCAAAACACGGACAACUAAAACUGAACACUGGUCCGGAGCGUGAACCAAAUUCUUUCUCCACAUUGGACCUCUGGUACGGGCGGGUGUUAUAUAUUCACGAUGGAUCUGAAGAUUCCCAUGAUCAGUUCUCAUUUUCUGUUUUUGCAAGCACUAAAAAACUGGUCCCAGAUUACCUGAAAGGAGACAGACAGUACCGAUUUAACAUUACUGUUACUCCAACCAAUGAUGCCCCUGCACUUGUCCUGCCUGAAGGUAAUUUGUUCACUUUGCUGGAGAAUUCUAAAAAAUGUCUUGUAAGUAAUGUGAUUAAAGCUACAGAUAUUGACACAAAUUCCACAGACCUUCAUUUUUCCAUUUUGGGAAAUCUUAAUGCAGAUGCUGGAUUUUUGCAAAAUGCCUUGAAUCCUGGUACUGCUAUUACGACAUUCUCCAACGAUGAUUUGGAAGAAGGAAAUAUAUAUUAUGUUCACCAGGGUGUUCGUACCUCAAGGCUUGUGUUACGUGUCAGCGAUGGUGAUAAAGUGAGCAACACUGUAGUAUUGCGGAUAAUGGCCAUACCAGUGGAUUAUAAAGUGAUCAAUAACACAGGUCUAGUAGUGGAGCAGAGUGAUGCAGCCUUGAUCACCAAACACAAUUUGUCAGUCGAAACUAAUGCAGUCAAUCAGGAAAUAGAAAUCCGUUAUAACAUUGCCAAAGGUCCAAAAUACGGUGAAAUUCAACGGCUGCAAUCUAGUGGUGAAUGGAAGAAAAUCUCUUCUUUUUCUCAACGGUCAGUGGAGCGCGGCCGCAUCCGUUACAUUGGCACUUUCCACAAACUUCAGUCUGUAAAUGUAACUGAGAUGUUCACUUUCAAGGUUAAUAUAGGAAGCAUGACAAGCGAGGAGCUAGAUUUUCCCAUUAUAGUGAAAUGGGUUAAUUUCAAACUCCUGAAAAAUAAUCCAUUAGAGAUUCAUAAGGGGAAGAGACAAGCUCUGACUUCUGAAAAUCUCCAUGCUGUCUUGGAAGGUGUACGGAUUUCUGAGAGUGGGCUGCAGUAUAAGUUGGUGACUGCACCUAAAAAAGGACAACUUCUGCUGAAUGGCAAGCUUCUAAACCAAAAUUCCUCUUUCAGUCAGAAAGAUAUAUCCGCACAGAAGGUGGAAUAUGAAUUAUUAGAAAAACCUCAUGAAGACACUGAGGACAUCAUCCACUUUCAGCUCUUCUCUAACCGUGCAGUAUCCCUAAUUUAUACUUUCCAUAUGCUUAUUAAAGCUGAUGUUAAUACCAUUAAUCUGACAAAUAAUGGUCUCACUUUGGUUGAAGGAGAAGGAGAGCUAAUAACUCAGGUAGAGUUGUUUGCAGAAACCUUGAACUCUAAAAAUUUUGUGUACACCGUCAAGCAGAGUCCAAGAUUCGGCAAGUUGAAACGGAUCAAUCGCUCUGACUCAUCCGACAGUAAUGACAAUAUAACAACCUUUACAAAUGAAGAUAUUUUAGGACAGCGUCUCAUGUAUAUGCAUGACGAUUCUGAGUCUAUGCAUGAUGAGUUUAUAUUUGUCGCAGCGGCUGCAGACAUGGCUAUAGACAAUUCCGAAUCCGAUCCAAACUCUCUGUCUAUUAUGGGAACAUUUUUUAUAACAAUUCAGCUAAGAAAUGAUGAGAAGCCAGUUCGCAUUGUCGACCAGCUUUUCCACGUGGUUAGAAAUGGUCAGCGGUUGCUGACCUCUGAGGAUCUGCGCUAUCACGAUCCUGAUUCAGAUUUCGAUGACGCACAGCUGUUGUACACUCGCCGCGGUAUUCCUAACGGUGAUCUAGUUCUCGUACAUAACACCUCCAGGAAACUUUUCCAGUUCUCUCAAGAGGAUCUUGAGCAGAAGCGUGUUUUGUUUGUGCAUCGUGGCGCUGACAAUGGCAGGUUUGUCUUGUUUGUAACUGACGGCAAACACUACACUUCUUCGUUACUUGAGGUCCGUGCCUCAGAUCCUUAUGUUCGAAUAGUCAACAACACAGAUCUUCUGGUGCAGAAAGGACAAGGAAAGUCUCUAACAACGGCUAAUUUAAGUGUUAACACUAAUCUCUUUAUUGCAGAUGAAAGUGAGAUUAAUUACAGAGUAUUUCUGCCACCAAAGCAUGGAGCACUGUAUUUGAAUGGUGCCCACACAGAAUCUUUCACUCAGAAUGAUUUGAAGAAUGGGCAUGUAGUGUAUCACCAUGACAACAGCAACCACCUUUUGGACAUUUUCAACUUCACAAUAAAGGUAAAGCAUGUACUGCUGGAUGGAAGUGUGACUGUCCGUAUAUACCUGGAAAGCCAUCAGCGUGCUCCAAAAGUCUUGCACAACAGCAUUCUGCUGGUUGAGGAAGGGAAGCCUGUGAAGGUUGACAGAAAUAACCUUGAGGUGAUGCAUGAAGACAAUCUGCCAUAUGAGAUAAUUUACAAAGUCAAAAUUGCACCUGCUUAUGGUUACAUUCGUCGCUUUGUUGAAGCAGAAGGGUAUUAUGUUGGAACAGAACGUAAACCUGUUCAGUACUUCACGCAACAAGAUCUAAAUGAUGGCAGAAUUCAGUAUGUGCAACUGAGUGCAGAUCAGUUAAAGGAUAACUUUACUGUGGAUGUUACUAAUGGCAUAGUAGACCUGCCUGGAAUUUUAGUCCGAAUUGAUAUUAUUCCAAGGUUGAUCCCAGUGGAAGUGCAUAACUUUACAAUCAAGGAAGGUGCAUCAAAGGCUCUAACAGAAGACUUUAUAAAAGUUGCAAGUCCACACUUUGCAGAGCUUACUUUUGAAUAUUCAGUAAUAGAAAAACCAAAACAUGGACAUAUAGAAAACUCCCGUUUUCCUGGUGUCUCACUACUAUUAUUUACCAGACGACAGGUUGAAUAUGAAUUUAUUUAUUAUGUACAUGAUGACAGUGAGAGCCUCCAGGACAAUUUCUCAAUAAUCAUCAAUGAUACUCAACUGAGAAAAGAGAGUUUGCCUCGGACAAUUUUUAUUAAUAUUACAUCAGUGAAUGAUGAACCCCCUAUUGUCAUCACAAAUAAAAUAUUCAAAGUAUGGGUGGGCUCAGUCACAGAGAUAUCAAAAAAUGACCUGAAUACAGAAGAUAAAGAUUCUUCCCCGGAAGAAUUAGCAUAUUCUGUCACUCCGCCUAGCAAUGGACAUCUCGCUCUAAAGACUUCUCCAAAUAAACGCAUCCUGAACUUCACCCAAGAUCAUAUAAAUAAACAGCAACUUUUGUUUGUCCAUAAUGGAGCCAUGUCGGGUGGAUUUAGCUUCCAGGUUACGGAUGGACUAAACUACGCACCUCGUCAGAUCUUUAGCAUUACUGCUGGAGCGUUGGUCAUUAACAUGGAGAAAAACAAUGGUUUAAGAGUUUUUCCAGGAACACUUAAACGUAUUAAGUCUGCAGAUUUGAAAGCCACAACCAAUGACGACAGCACUGGAAAUCGAAGCCUAACAUAUACCUUGGUUAGUUUUCCAAAACUUGGCCGAGUGGUAAAAAUUGACGCUGAUAACUUGACUCACGAAGAAACCAACUUCACCCAAAACAUGAUAAAUGAAGGCUUGAUUGCAUAUGAACACACACUCACUGAAGCCAUGGGUUGGACUGCUGAAGAUUCCUUUUGCUUUGUAGUGUUUUCCCCACCAGCCUCGUUGGAACCUCAAGAGUUUCAUGUCACCAUCUCAUUCGCCAGCACUGAGCAUUCCAGUUGUCUACUUGCAAAUACAGGUGCUGUUGUCACAGAAGGUGAAAGUGUACUGAUUGAUAAAUUUAAGCUGGAUGCUUCAAACCUAAUGUUCAAGCUUCCAGAGUCUGAACGCUCACUGUACGAAGUGUGGUAUCAAGUGACAGCUUUGCCUAGCCAUGGUGUGAUCUUAGUUGGUGAACGUAACAUCACUAAGCAGAAACCCUAUUUUUCUCAAUUUAUUGUUAAUAAAUAUGGAAUAAUGUACUUGCACGAUGACUCAGAAAGUCUGAAAGAUAAUUUUACCUUUGCUGCUUGGUUAAAUCUAAAAGGCAAAACUACAUCAAGGCCCUUGAAUGACAGUGAAGUGGUACAAGAGAUUUUCAAUAUUACCAUUACUCCUGUUAAUGAUCAUCCUCCAGAACUGAAAACCAAAGCCCCCAGUUUGAAGAUAUUGCAGGGUUACAGUACUGCACUUAAUUCAGACCAUAUAAAUGUUGUGGAUUUAGAUAAUCUACCAGAAGAAAUCAAAUACAGCAUUAUCAGUGGACCCAAUAAUGGCUACCUGGCAACAGCAGAGAACGUGAAUUUGUCUGUCAAGCAUUUUACACAGGCUGAUAUCAAUAAUGGUAAAAUUUGGUUUGUUCAAGAUGGAAGCUCAUCAUCUGGUGUUUUUUAUUUUAGUGUAACCGAUGGUAAACACCGGCCAUUAUACAAGUUAUUUAACUUGGAGGUUAUACCUAUUAUGAUCACACUUAUAAACAACACUCAACUGGAAAUUGAACAGGGACAAAGUAUUUCUGUCAUCACCAAUGAACAUUUGGCUGCAGAAACUAAUGGAAAACUUGCAGUGAUAAGUUAUGAAAUUACUGCACCUCCACAGUUUGGACAUAUAAUGAUUGGAACCAAAAUUGUGAGUGUGUUUAAGCAGGAAGAUAUUAUGAGAGGACGUUUGAUUUAUCAAAUGACUAACCUUUCCGCAUCACAGGAUAGCUUUGAGUUCACAGUGCUGACUUCUGAAAGGAAUGUGUCUGAGCAGGUGGUUAACAUUACAGUGAGGCCUUUGCUGAAAAUGGCAAAAAAUUUUAAGAUUCCCACUGGAACUACCUGUCAACUUGGGACAAACAUGUUGGAUGCCAGUAAGUUGGCCAACCAGACUGCAAGUAUUCCCGAGUUUGAAAUAAAGCGAUUACCAUCCUACGGCAGACUUGUGAGACUAAGAUCAAGAAGUCGAAGAGAAGCUGAAAAAAUAUUUACUCAGAGAGACAUUGAAUUAGGUCUUUUGUUGCUUGAAGUUGAAGCCAACAUGACUGGAUUGGAUUUAUUGAAUGACUCUUUUGAUUUUGUUUUGAUGGCAAAUAAUGUGCAACCAGCUGAAGGCACCUUUCUAUACAGUAUUACUCCAUUUAACGGUUCUGAAGUACUCGACAUCCCAGUAAAUGAAAAUUCACGGCUUAAUUUGCAUUUGUCAGGUAUGACCUCUACAUCAAUACAGUUAUCACCGAGUAUUCAAACAGAGACACCCAAGUUCUCUCCUACUCAACCUGUGCCACGCUGGCAAAGCCAAAAUCGCUGGGGAAGUCGCAAAGGUAACACAUCUACCUUUGCCCCCAGUGUGACACUGGCAAGCUUCAUACAACAGACUGCAUUAGAACCAGUCAAUGACAAGCCAGUUCCUCAAAGCAUUCAGGAUCGCGGCUCUCUUCAAAUAAUUUUGCCAUUAGCUUUUCUAGCUCUUUUGCUCAUCAUCUUCGCAAUUGUUGUAUUUUUGAUGAAACAGAAGAAGAAACCAAAUCACAAACCUCUAAUUAGCAAUUGUCCCAAUAAUGGUGGCGCGAACAGUCCAAGCUUUCAUCCCGUAGAGAGAAGCCCAACUGUUCCAGCUGUCACAGUGUCCCACCUUAAUACAGGUAGCAUUUCCAGUCCUUCACUGAGAGAAAGACAGAAUCAAAUGGUCACGACAGCCCCCAGUUCAAAAGACACCUCAACUCUACUUUAUAACUGUUCUCAGAUUGAUGCAGAAAUGGUGCAGCAUUGUCGUACAACCCAUCCAACCUUGAGGCACAACCAGUACUGGGUAUAAUAAAGCAAAAAAUUUACAUUUACCCAUGAACCUUGCUACAUUACAAAAAGUAAGAGAGAGGAAUUGCUGACAGAAUCAUGUUCAGUGUUAAUUUUUCAAAUAAACGCUCAGAACCUGAAAGUGACGAAAAAUCAUCUUUGCAAGUUGCACUGUUAAUAUAAGUUAUGAUUUUUUUACUUUAAAAACAAGUAGACAGAACGACAAUUAGCAUCAUUAUUUUAACAGUUUGCCAUGGUGCUCUGAAAUCAGAUAGUCCUCACCUCGAAGCCGGAUUUUUCUUCCAACUGUAGAUAACUCUGGUAGGGAAAUUCCCAACUUGGCAGACCUGCUUCACUUUACAGGGGCCUGUUAGAACCAACUUACGUUCCAGGAAGAAGGAGGACACAAUAAUAUUGGGGGCUUCCAACCCAAGAAGCAAGCCCAAGGCAACCAUAGGAACGUGCGAAUGCUGAGGCAGAUUGGUUAGAAGGCUUACCUUAGUUCUUUGGGGUAUCUUUUCAGUUAUUUCAGAAGCUGUUAGGCCUCAUAGUCCUCAGUGAUAAUGGGAACUGCAGAUGCUGGAGAAUCUAGGAUAACAAAGUGUGGAGCUGGAUGAACACAUCAGGCCAAGCAGCACCUUCCUCAUCCUUGAAGCCCUCCCCCUCAUACCCUCCCUUGCCAUGUCACCUCCUUUGCCACUCACCGAUAUCCACUAUGAACAAAGCAUAGGAACCAUGUAGAGAUAAAAAGAAAACUUCUCAAGAUUGUAGUAGCUCUCACACACUUGAUUAUUUUUAAAACAAACUCUCACUCAUGAAAUUCAUUCAUAACUUUUAAAUUUCUGGUGAUUAAUCUCUUGUAAAAAUAACCUUCAAUUGAGAUUCCACAUCAAAGAUUGUUAACCAUUUAACACCUUCUUUAAGCUGUCCAUCAAACUGUAAACUCAGAAGCCACUGCUGAAACAAUUGUGGCUUUGAAACUCAGCCAAUCAUUCAUAAUUGCAUUAUGACAAGCCUUGGGAAAAGUUAAUGGAAACAUGCAACCAGACAAGUAUUUUUAUAACCUAUUAACAAAAGUAUUACAGCUGGACUUUUUUUGUAUCUCUUGGAUGCUUCUGUUUUUUCUCCCCAUGUUUAAAAGAGCAUGAAUUUGAAAAAAAAACCUAAGAUGGAACUUAUCUGCCCUCCAAGAUUGUUUAAGUCUACUACCUAAAUUUGUGGCUCUCGCACUGUGUGUCAAACCCUUUGAAGCAGCCAAAAUGGGAUCUGUUUGAAUUCAGUACUGACUUCCAAUGGCCUUGCUAUAUAAAUUGUGUCCCACCUUACCUCUGCCGGUAGAAAUAACUGAAAUUUCUGUUGGAAAUGGGUAUGAGACUUCUGCAUUCCUAUCCUCCUGACGCCACAACCAUACAGCACCUACAUUCUAUUGUUUGCUAAUAGAUUUGUUGUCAAAGGAAGCAUAUUUGCUCCCUUUUUACAAAGUCUAGAUUUAAUUUAGUUAUAUUUGGUAAUUCUUUGAGACUCAUAAGUAAUUGGGUAAAAAUUAAAAGAGGUAUAUUUGUACUACUAAGUUAACAUGAUUUUGAAGACUUAGAAGAAUCAAACAGUGAAAUGUGACAUUUCAUCUAAAAUUAUUUUGCUUCAAUUUUUUCAAUUUUACCUCAUUUUAUCUGUAGUAAAUAGCAAAAUUGAGAAAUAAGCACUUCAAGAAUUUAUGCCUUUUUUAUGGAGAUGAGUGGAUUUUUGCAAUGCGCUUAUUAAUAUAAAGGAUGGACAGUGGAAUUGGAAUAUCUUCUCUACUUUUCAUCACUGUGUGGCAACGUCAAGUGCUUCAAAAUCCAAGUAUAGUUCAGAUCAUUUGCAGUGCAAAUUUGUCCAUCACCUGAUUCAAUAAUCUGCAUGAACCACAGAUAACGACCACUUCUGCACCAGCACAAAAUCUUUCACUUUCAGACAAGAGUAAUACAAGUGGUAUUUUUCAACACGAUUAAUAUAUAUCAGUAAGAAAUAAAUAAAAUGACGGCAAUUUACUUCUGGCUGUAUUUAGAAAGAGUUUGUUACUUCAUCAAUGAUAAGAAUAUAUUUCUUGACUUCAGUUUUUUUGAUGGAGAAUCUAGGUGUAUGUAUAAAGUUGCCUUUUUCACAUGUAUUGUUGUUACACUUAGCAAAGACUGAAAGUUUCAAACUCAAAUUGUUUCGAGUUACGGAUUCUAUUUAAAAAGUGUUUUUCUCAUGAAUAUGUAUUUUUAAAAGUCAAAAUAUUCGACUAUGGGGUUGAUUUUAUUAGUCAUAACACUGUACCUAAAUGUCUGAAAUGUCCUUAUCUGUGCUGUUCUUCUGCAGUGACUAUGAAUAAACUUAUUGGGAAAAAAUA